UUGCAAAAAUUUCCUCCUAGUCACCUGUUUGAAGAAAUUAUUUAUUUUAAUAUAAUGUAACAGUAAUAUUUACAAUGGACUGAAGUCAAUUAACUUGUAUUUGAAUGUUAAGAGUUAUAAAUUAAAAAGAAAAAAAGUCUUAAUUCGGUUCAAUGUUCGAACAAUAAUAUGGAGGAAACUAAAAUAUGAUCAUUUAAUGUUUAAAUUAUAUUAAACAUCGAACAGAUCUUCCAGGGAUCCAAAAUUUUUCCAUCAUUUGAAAAGUGGGCGUUGCCCAGUUAACGUGUGUUAAGUAUGUCGCCAUCUGUAUUUUAUUGAGAAUUAUUACACAUAUUCAAACUCCAUCAAAUGAAUUCCUACACGAUAAUAAAUCAUGAUCGUUCACAAAUUUGUGAUAUAAAUAUAAGUGAUGUAGAGAAACCGCCACGAGCGAAAAUUGAACUAGGUGAUGUUACCCCACACAAUGUGAAGCAGUUGAAAACUCUAAACACUGUCGUUUUUCCAGUUUCUUAUAAUGAAAAGUUUUAUAAAGAUGUAUUGGAAGUUGGAGAACUUGCCAAGUUAGCAUAUUACAAUGAUAUUGUUGUUGGAGCAGUUUGUUGUCGUGUUGAUACUUCAGAAAACUCGCGUCGACUUUAUAUUAUGACCCUUGGAUGUCUUUCACCAUACCGCAGGUUAGGUGUUGGCACUGUUAUGGUCGAACAUGUUUUAAGACAUGUUGAGAAGGAUGGAAAUUAUGAUAACGUUUACUUGCAUGUUCAAGUCAAUAACACGGGUGCGAUAGAUUUUUACAAAAAAUUUGGUUUUGAAAUUCAUGAAACGAAGAAACAUUAUUACAAAAGGAUUGAACCAGCUGACGCCCACGUACUGCAGAAAAAUCUUAGACCGCCAGCUCUUACCAAUGGAAUCAUAUCCCACAAUGAAAGGCAUCAUAAUGAAAAGUUCAACAACCAUGAUAAGAAAUCGCACGACCAUAAUCACCAUAAUGAUAAGCACUUGAACGAGAAGAAUUCAUCACAUCACCACCAUCAUCAUGAUAAAAAGAACUCCGAUAAGUGAUGUUCAUGUUGCAUUUAAUAUUAUCAAUCAAAAAUCUUUACGAUGAUGGUUAUUAAUAUUUACCGAAUAGUGAACGUUAAUAAAGUUAUCUCGAUUUUUGUGUUUCUAUAACUUGUAAUUUAUAAUUUUGUUUUUGUUUGCUUGGUGUCCACAUACUCUCGACACGUCUCGAAAACAAAGUGAUUGUUUAUUACUCUUUCACCCCGUUUAUAUUAGUUAAUGACUGGAAGUCCUUUGAACGAGAAAAUUUAUAUUGGCAUUGGUCAAAACCUGAUGAAGACAAUAUAUGAUCAUGUUUAUAAAUUAAAUUGUACAGAUUAAAUGUUUAUGUAUAUUUUUUGUGUGUAUAGUGUGCCUGACAGCGUGUAUGCAUAUAAGCGUGUAUGCCUCUGCUAAUAAAAUUUUAUUCUAUUAUUACAUUUGGUAUGAUUUCCUGUACGAAUUAAUGAGCUAUACGUAAAAUAAUUGUUUUUCAUAUACAUGUUAAGUAGUCAUUGAAGCAUACAGGCAGUUUGUGCCAUAUAUUUCUCAACAUCAAACCAUAUUACAUGUGUUAUUUUGAAAUUUAAUUAUUGAUAUGACUGCAGUUUUAAAUAAUAAAAAAAAAAGGACUGUUUUUUUAAUGC